GUCUAAGCUUCCUUCGUCAUUUUGGAUUCUUCAACUUUCAACAACUUCUGAAUUCGUCCUGCUUUUUAUCCCACUGCAUUUGAGCCUAGAUAUCUACGCUGUUACAUCUUGCUUUUCCACUUGUCCUAUUCCUAGUACCCUAAACCUAAUUCCGAUAUGAGCCGCACUUUGGAACCAACCCUCCUUUCUCUACUACCUACCUACUCCAAAGACUUACCUCAACCUCUCCUCGAGCUCGCGUCUUCCUUGCUUACGCAGUCCCGCCACAGUGCUGGUGCGCUCAAAGCCGAAGAAGAAGUAGCUCGGACCUAUGCAUGUGCUCAUAUUGCUUGCGAACGUCUGAAGAUAACCCUCGAUCUUCCACCGAUCCAACCCAGACCUCCCGUCCCACCUCGAAUAUAUAAGAGACUAUAUACCCAUCUUGACAAUGUUUUGCCUGCAAAUACUGUGGGAAAGUCAGGAAAAGUGCGGACCCCAAGCUCAAAGCUGCGCGAGUCGGGGAAAUUAGGCGGCGCUCAACGAAUUCCCUCCCGAGGCACGCCUACAAAGGAAGAAUCGUUAGCUAAAUUUCGGUCUCCCGCUGCAGUCAAGGUUAAUAACACUCCGUCGAAGUCUUCAAGUAAGCCGCCACCGCUCCCGGCCAAGAGAAAAGCAGGUGGUAGUAUAAGCGCACUGCCAGCUUGGGUUAGACCCACCAUUCAGUUUAUGUGUAAAGAGCUGGAUGAAGAACGUAUCGGACGAGUCGUCCUCGCCGGUAUACAGACGAUCGCUACCCCACAUGGGAAGCGAACGAAAGACGAAUGGGUUAAUGAGCACCUGACACCAUUGCUGGCGGCCGUGUAUUUUCUCGUUUCGUCGCAAAUAUAUGUGUUAGAGCAAGGAAAGGAUUUGGACGAUCCACAAUACGCACGAAUGCGAAAGUCGAUUCUCAAUGUUAUGGGACGAGCACAGGAGAACGUUCACGUGACAGGGAUGGAUGAGGAUGAGCUCUGGAUCGGCUGGACAGACAUCAAGUCGAGAGAUGUAGACGGUGCCGUUGCCAAAGUGGUCGAGAAUAACUGGCAGGAAGAAGAGUGGUUCGCUGGUAUCAAGCACAUGGUUAAAACAAAGAAUAUCAGUGUUGAUGACGAAGAUGCGGAAAUGGAGAAUGGCAACGAAGAACAAUUUAGCGAAAGGCUUCAUAUCCAGAGGGGUGAUACUAUGCUUCAGAGCAAGUGGGAUAUGACCGAUAAGAAGCGAGAGGAAUACCGCUCGUGGAAAGAAGAAAUGAUGCGCCGAAUCGAAGAGUUCGAACAUUCUCAAACAUCCGAGAUAGAUAUCCAUGCUUCCGCAUAAUAGUGACGUAAAGAGGAAUGCCAGAAAUCGCGAGUAGAGUCAAGGGUCAGUUGUCGAUACCACCUCCUUCGUCUACCUCAACACGAUGACGAUGCUUGGGCCCUCAAGCUUUCUGCUUUUCGCUCGAUUGCCGAAGGAGUUACGACUACUUGUGUGGGAGCAG